UCUCGGCGUGUAGUGACGUCAGACAGAUAGGGCGUCCAUGGGCUACGCCCGCGGAAGUUCCAGGCUCCACCGGGGACCAACGACGCCGCCGCGCAGCGCUCCCCUAUGAUGGAACGGGCGAUGGAGCAGCUCAACGUCCAGCUGAACCGGCUGACCCGCUCGCUACGCCGGGCUCGGACCGUGGAACUCCCCGAAGACAAUGAGACGGCCGUGUACACGCUCAUGCCCAUGGUGAUGGCAGACCAGCACAGGUCCGUGUCGGAGCUGCUCCUGAACUCCAGAUUUGACGUGAACUACGCCUUUGGCAGAGUGAAGAGGAGCCUGCUGCACAUCGCUGCAAACUGCGGGUCGGUGGAGUGUCUUGUUUUGCUGCUGAAGAAGGGAGCCAAUCCAAACUAUCAAGACAUCUCAGGUUGCACUCCUCUUCAUCUGGCUGCUCGGAAUGGACAGAAGAAGUGCAUGAGUAAGUUACUGGAAUACAACGCAGACGUCAACAUCUGCAACAACGAGGGCCUGACAGCUAUCCACUGGCUGGCGGUAAAUGGGCGAACAGAGCUGCUGCAUGACCUGGUCCAGCACGUGUCCAAUGUAGAUGUAGAGGACGCCAUGGGCCAGACUGCUCUACAUGUGGCCUGUCAAAACGGACACAAAACGACGGUGUUGUGUCUACUAGACAGCGGAGCUGACAUCAACCGGCCCAAUGUCUCCGGAGCCACGCCUCUUUACUUCGCUUGCAGGUCCAAUGAAGGGCCAUGGCCAGAGAGACACAGCUCAGAUCCUGCUGUCUCGAGGAGCCAAGUACCUCCCAGACAAGAACGGAGUGACUCCUCUGGAUCUGGGGGUUAUGGGGAGACAUGCGAGAUUCUUAUCCAACACCAUGGCAGGCUGUUUCAGACGCUUGUUCAGAUGACGCAGAAUGAUGACAUCAGGGAGAACAUGGUCAGGCAGGUUCUGGAGCAUGUGUCCCAGCAGAGCGACUCCAAUUACCACAAAAUUCUGUCCAACCUGGCUGAGGUGGCCACCACCAACGGACACAAACUUCUCAGUCUUUCCAGCAGCUACGAGGCUCAGAUGAAGAAUCUGUUGAGGAUUGUGCGAAUCUUCUGCCACGUCUUUUGCCUCGGGCCGUCCUCCCCCAACAAUGACAAUGACAUGGGCUACAACGGGAACAAAACGCCCCGCAGUCAAGUGUUUAAGCCGCUGGAGCUCCUCUGGCACUCACUGGAGGAGUGGCUAGUUCUCAUCUCCACUGAGAUGGAAAGGAACAACAAGAACUCCUCUUCCAACACAGAGAUCGCCUCCUUGCUCUUCAAACAGCACAAGUCGGACUGCUUGGAAACUCAGCCAAAGCUGUCCUCCUUACUGGACCCUCACAUAGUUAUGGAGGCAAAGGCUGAUGGGGAGGACGUCAUCUCCAUGACGGCGAAUCGCCUCAGCGCCGUCAUUCAGGCUUUCUACUUAUGCUGCUCAUGUCAGAUGCCGCAGGGAAUGACCUCUCCCCGUUUCAUAGAGUUUGUCUGCAAACACGACGAAGUGCUGAAGUGUUUUGUGACCAGAAAUCCAAAGAUAAUCUUUAACCAUUUCCACUUCCUGCUGGAGUGUCCAGAGCUGAUGUCACGCUUCAUGCACAUCAUUAAGGCCCAGCCUUUCAAAGAUCGUGCUGAGUGGUUUUACGAGCAUCUCCUGGCCGGACAGCCGGACUCGGGAAUGGUUCACCGUCCUGUCAGCGAAAGUGACAUCCUGCUCAUACAUAGAGACUCCAUCUUCAGGAGCAGCUGUGAUUCUGUCUCCAAGUCCACCAAUGAAAAGCUCAAACAGGGAAUUGCUGUUCGUUUCCAUGGUGAGGAGGGCAUGGGUCAGGGCGUGGUGCGGGAGUGGUUUGACAUUCUGUCCAGUGAGAUCAUUAAUCCAGACUAUGCCCUGUUCACACAGUCCGCUGAUGGUACAACGUUUCAGCCCAACAGCAACUCCUCUGUUAAUCCUGAUCAUCUGAACUACUUCCAGUUUGCUGGUCAGAUUCUCGGCCUGGCUCUGUACCACCGGCAGCUGGUCAACAUCUACUUCACCCGCUCCUUCUACAAACACAUCCUGGGAAUCCCUGUGAGCUACCAGGAUGUGUCGUCCAUUGACCCAGAGUACGCCAAGAACCUGCAAUGGAUCCUGGACAAUGACAUUAGCGAUCUGGGCCUGGAGCUCACCUUCUCUGUUGAAACGGAUGUGUUUGGAGCCAUGGAGGAAGUGCCUCUCAAAGCUGGGGGAACAACUACCCUGGUCACUCAGGAAAACAAGGCCGAGUAUGUGCAGCUGGUGACAGAACUGAGGAUGACGCGCGCCAUCCAGCCACAGAUAAAUGCAUUCCUGCGGGGGUUUCACACCUUCAUUCCCCCCUCCCUCAUUCAACUGUUCGAUGAAUAUGAAUUGGAGCUCUUGCUUUCUGGGAUGCCAGAGAUUGACGUGGAGGACUGGUUCAGAAACACAGAGUACACUAGUGGGUACAGUGAUCAGGAGCCCGUCGUCCAGUGGUUCUGGGAGGUGGUGAAGGGGCUGACCCAGGAAGAACGUAUUCUGCUGCUUCAGUUUGUCACUGGAAGCUCUAGGGUUCCUCAUGGGGGCUUUGCCUUCCUGAUGGGGGGCAGUGGCCUACAAAAGUUCACUAUUGCUGCGAUGCCAUACACUCCCAACCUGCUGCCCACCGCCAGCACCUGCAUCAACAUGCUGAAGCUGCCAGAAUACCCGAGUUUGGUGGUCCUGCAGGAUCGGCUCCUGGUGGCUCUGCACUGUGGGAGCUAUGGAUACACCAUGGCCUGAAGGUCUGGGCGGUGCAGCUGCCUCUUCUGGCCAUGCGGCGCUCCCCUCUCUUCUUUCAGUUGUUGCUGGUUCCUGCUAAUUUGAGAAAACUUGUGGUUGUGAAAAAGCAGCUGGAGGGCCGAGAAGCUUUAAGCUUUUCCCCUCUGCAUGCCCCAGGUGAACUUUGACAGGUGUAGGGGAUGUUGCUCUGGAUUGUGGAGCAGUUCUGCAGCCGCCCCUCUGACUGUGGAAUCAGCACAAGGAAAGUUUUCGCUCGAUCCAAGCGUGAAGGCUGGACGAGCACACAGAGCAUCAGGCUGCAGCUUCAGGUGAUGGUUAACAUGGACUCUGAGUCUCUGAGUCAGAUAUGAUUGGCCCAGGAAGGACCCACGCCCGUCUGGCCUCCCAGGGUGCUUUUUCAGAUAUUUACUGUAUUCUGUCAAACCCAGGAAGUCCGCUUCAGGUUUUGAUUUCAUACAUGAGCUGACAGGUUUUUCAGCAAAGAAGUUUUUUUUUUUUUAUCUUUCUGCUCCUCUCAUUUCUGAUCUGAGCAUUGGUAGAAUCGUUUAGUUUUUUGGUUCUAAACUUUCUCACCUCUGAUGCUAGUGUUGGUGUCAGAGAUGAUGCUGGAUCUCCCUUCAAGUUCCUAAAAUCAUUGGGUGACUGCAGAUCUGCUUUGUUUUUUGUCUUGUCUGCUUCAGUGUCCGCGUUCCUGUGAAUCUGUCUGGGUUUAGACAGACGUGCCAGAAAAGGACAGCUGGAUUUUUUUCCCCACACGCUUUCUUUAAGGUAGACUCAGAACAGAAUUUUUCACUUUUUUUCUUUCUUUUUCCAUUUGAAAAGGGAUUACAGCCACUCAUGUCUCAAACCAUGGAUGAGCACUUUUCUCUAUAAAAGAUGAAAACAUUUGUUCUUAAAUGUUUGUAAAUCAAAUCUUUUUAAGGUGUACUGUACAUUUCCUCUGUGUAAAGCUUUGUAAAUCGGUAUUGACAUAUUCAAACUCUGUUCCUUAGUGAAGGACAGGAACAGGUUGGGUUUGUCUUUGUGAUCUUAGUGUUUUUCUGGAGAACACAUCAACUGUUAUUUUGGAGUUAAAAGUGUUGAAUAUUUGUUCUGAUCGAACUAAAUUCAAGAAGGAUUUAGUCAAACAUGAGACCUGUGCUGCUCAGAGCUGUAUUAAGGUUGGGGUUUUUCCUCAUUUUAAAACCCUAAAGGGUUGGGCCGUCUCACCCACAGGAUACGGUUGGCUACAAUGUAGAAUGAAUCCAUCUCAUCACGCUCUGUCUUUAUAUUUGGAUGCUACUGAAACAAAGGAGUAAACUGUAGCUGCAACAUUAAGUUAAGUCUUAGGUCGGUCUCUUUAUCUUAGAGCCACCAUGAAAAUAUGCAGACGACCUGUUUCAGACACUGUUAUCAAACAAAAGUCCCCAAAUGUCGAGAGGGCUUCAUCAGCAUUGCCCCCAUCUUCCUCCACCAUGAAAGAUCUCUGGUGGGGUACACGUGAUCUGAGGACUAAUAGCCCAGAACUCCAUGGAAGAACUGGUCAUGGCCCCUUCAGAUAGCUGGAACCACAACAACAAAGUCUGUUAUAGUAACACAUGAGGUCAAGGACUCAAGUCUUGCUGUGCCUUCAAAGGUCCCCACGCUAAAGCCAGCACAUGUUCAGACCCAUCUAAAGUUCUCCAGAGACCCUCUGGAGGAUCCAGAUGAGGACUGGGAGAAGACCAUGUGGUCAGAUGAGACCAAAUUUGACAUUUUCGGUAAAAAUGCUCCUUGCAGUGUUUGGAAAGCAACAAUGCCAAAUCCCAAGAACAUCAUAGCCACUGUGAAGCACGGGGGUGGAAAAAUCAUGCUUUGGAUCACUUUUCUACAAAGGGGAAAGAACGUUUGAUGCGUAUUAAGAAAAGGAUGAACAUUUUUAGCCCCAAAUGGUCAGAUUUCAGGCAACAACCUCCCAUCAGUGGAGGCACUGAGUAUGAAAUGUGGCUGGAUCUUCCAGCAGGUCAGGGAUCCCAAAUACACUAUCCAAGCAGCAAAGGAGAGGCUACAUCCACAAUUGUUUAAGGUUCUGAGGAAUGGGCUAAUAAUAGCAGCUACAGCCAAUACAUAUACAUAUGCUGAAGAGCUACAGGAAACGUUAGACCUCUGUCAUUGCCAACCAAUUACAAUAAAAAGUAUUGAACAUUU